CAAUACUGCAAAGUCCUCAGCUCGCAUCAGCACUGUUGACGAUAAUGUGAGGGAGCUGUUGUGAAAAGGAUAUCUGCUGCGAUACCUCAGUAAGAAGUGAACGAACAAUUCAAAAGCACGGUUUGCAUGGCCCCGCCAUGGCUGGAGUAGCAUGCUGAGGCAGGAUCAGGUCGCAAUGCAGCGUCACUUCAGCGAGGAUGGGUUUGAGAUGCAGACCGCUCUUAGGGUUUGGCAGUGCCACAGUGACCAAGUUACCUUCAACCUGCCCUGGCCAGGCUCCACUUCGGUGCUGCUGCGGCCUGUUGGGUCUCGCGACCUCGCCUUCGAUAUUCUCUGUUCAUGUACAACUCAGGUUCUACAUACUCAUUCAAUCGGCCUUUCAAACGCAGAUCCGAUCAUGAUCGCUCGUGAGAGGUUUGCAGGAGGGCAUAGCAUUGUCUUGUCUGGCUGCUGACAGUGGUGUUGCACCGAUUAUUUAGAUUCGUUUACUUCGAACACCUCAUCUACAACAUCGAGUUCUGAGACGGUGCCCCAUCUACAAAUGGCGGAAGCUGUGGCGUUAACCGUCCUGCAACCAAUGGUGCAAAAACUUCUGUCGGCGAUGAUGAAGGAGGUGGCGCUUCCGGAAUGGAACCGCAACAAGCACGCGGAGGAGCUGGAGACGAUGCUGAUGGAGCUAAAGCCGAUGGUGGAUAAUAUUAAUCCAUCUACCGCUAACCGAGCGGUGGGUGAAUGGUUGAAGGGUUUGCGCACGAGGUUAGACUGCUUGAAACACCUGCUGCUUGACAUGAAGGGGAAUCGGUUCACUAUUUCUCAGUUCAAAAAUUCAAGGAAGCUGGUGAAGGAGAAGGAGCUGCUGAGCAAAAUUCUAUCACAAGCUUCAGUUGUGGUGUUGGCAGUGACCUCGGUGACUUCUGCGAAUAUGACUAGGCUGCGCGAAGAAAACAAUGAACGGCAUGAGGGGCUUUGCUCCGGGAUCGAGGGGCUGCUGAAGUUGGCUGAUGCUACCAAACGGGCACUUGACAAGUCUCAAUACGAGUACAGAAACCCAGAAGAUUUGAUGGCUGCGAUAUCGUCUAUCACAAGUGAAGCGGAUGACAUCCACUUCACUUCCACACACACUAGAGCUUUGCCAGAAGCCUCCACCUCCACUGACAUGCUGCGCGGCGUGGACAGCGAGAUGGUGUUUGGAGGAGAUGGGAAUGUGGAAGAUGCAAAGGAGCUGUUACUGGACCAGAACACGCACAUGGUAGGGUUCUGGGCAUCAGGCGGGGCCGGGAAGACGCUUGCCGCUCAGCGAGUCUUCGAUGACGACGCCAUCCGAGCGCACUUCACAGGAGGCUGCUUCUGGUUCACUGUCGGUGGAGACUUGUCGGUGCGGAGUCUCUUCUUAGACCUCGGAAAGAAAAUCAAUGGGCCCUCAGAGGUUCGCCGGAACAUUUCCAUGGAAGAUUUGACAGCACAGCUAUGUAAUGAGCUCAAGGAUAAGAAGCACAUGCUGGUUGUCCUGGACGAUGUUUGGAAAGAAGAUGUGCUACGCUUGGUGACAUGUGUGGUCCCCUUAAGGGCGGGGUGCAAAAUCCUCGUCACCACUCGCAUAGAGGAGGUGUUGGACAAAAACCAUGCGACUAAGCUCGCAUUCGUGUUGCUAGAUGAAGAGAACAGCUGGAAGUUGUUCUGCUGGCAAGCGUUUCGAGGGACGUCUCAUGUGCCCCCGGAGCUGGAAAAGCUAGCCAAGGACGUGAUGGGCGAAUGUGGUGGGCUUCCGCUGGCGCUGAAAGUGAUUGGGAGUGUGUUUGCAAGGAAAACUGAUCGGGGAUUCUGGGAGUUGUGUUUGCAGAAGCUGAGGAACGCGGAUGUUCUAGACAAAGGUCACGAAACACAGCUAUUCAAUCGACUGAAAGUAAGUUUCGACGAGCUUGGAAGUAUCGAUGGAAGAUUGCAAGAAUGCUUUCUGUACUUUGCUGCAUUUCCAGAGGAUUGGAAAGUCGACGUAUACAAGGAUUUGCUGCCGUUGUGGAGAGCGGAAGGGAUUGUGGGACAGAAGUAUGAUCCGAAGCUAGAAGCGUGUGGGCUGGUGGGCGUGCUGGUCUCCCGCUCGCUGAUUGAGCUCAAAAGCAAUGAAUGGGGUGGAUUGUACUGCAUGGUGCACGAUAUUCUUCGGGACCUGGCGCGCCACAUAGUGCAGCAUGAGAAAGCCGUGACCGAGCGAGAGUGCCUGUAUGAGGCAGGGCGAGAGAUGAAGGAUGGAUUUCCUCGUGAAUGGGCAAGUUCUUCUGACACCAUGGAUCUAGGCAGAGGCAGGAGGACUAGACUUUCAGUUCGCAGGUUGUCUGUCAUGUUAACAAAUCUGAAGGAGCUACCUUCCAAACUGGAUGCCCCGGAGCUGGAGGUUCUUCUGUUACGAGAGAAUCCGUUGGAGUGUAUUCCGAAGAGAUUCUUCAACAAUCUUCGCAGCAUCCGAGUUCUGGAUCUGAGGGGAACUAAUUUGAAGGCGCUUCCGGAGGGUGUGGGAGAACUAAAAUCUCUGGCAGUACUCAAUUUGUCUGGGACGGGUAUAGAGACGCUCCCAAAGUCAAUCGGGAAGUUGACGGGUAUGGAGGAGCUGUGUCUUGAUUGUUGUGAGCGUCUCAGUCACUUACCUUCCAAACUGACUCACCUCACAAGGUUACGUAUUCUGAAGAUUUUUUCAAAUGAGAAUUUGUGGAGAACGGGUUUCUGGGAGGGACUUCCCAAAAUGUUAAGAGGAAAAUUAGCGGUGCGGGACCUCGCCGCUUUCGUUGGCUUGGAACAUUUGACUGUCGAGAGUGGUUUCUUUGAUUUUGACUCGGUGCUAUGGCCAGUUGAGUUGCUGACUGCGUCGAAGAGGCUCCAGACGUUGAAGUUGGUUGGAGGAGGUUGGCCACUUCCAGAGUUUCCAGAGUUGAGGAGUGAUGACUGGCAGCACUUGGAAUGCCUUUCUCUUGAUUGUGUGGGGUUGGUUUCUAUUCCAGACUGUGUGUGUUCCCUCCCAUGCCUGAAAUCCCUCACUAUAUGGUGUUCAAAGUUGGUGUCACCUCCAGCUCUGGAUCGUCUUCCGAAUUUGGUGAGUUUGAUUAUCUUGUAUUGUUUUAACUUGGAGACUCUACCAACUUCUUUUGGUAGAAAAGAUGGCUUUCCAGCUCUCGUAAGAUUCAAAUUGAACGGAUCUUAUAAACUUGCAUCGUUGCCAGAGUUGGAGGAUGGUGCAAUGCCAUCUCUUAAAUCUCUUCAUUUACUAGAUUUAGAGAAGUUUGAUAUCCUCCCACAGUCAUUUGCAAAAUUGAAGAACUUACAAACCUUAGAUCUACGUUUUUGCUCCAACCUCAAGAAUUUGGAGCAUGAGCAUCUAAGCUUUGAGAGCUUUCCUAAUCUUGUAAAACUUGAUGUAAGAGGGUGUCAAUCACUCUCGGAAUUGCCAAGUAGCCUUGCUUUCUUACCCCACUUUAGAUUGCUUGUAAUGGGAGAUGGUUGCAAUCCUUCCAUUCCUCCAGAACUAGAGGUAGCAGUGUCAAAUAAAAAGGUGAUAAUAAAAUACUAGCACUGUACAUGGUUGAACUGGUUUUGAGUACAUUAUAUCUAAAUAUAUUGGUUUCCAAAUUAGUGACUUCCAUAAAAAAAAGUAAAAUAUCCUUUUGUGAAACAAUUUUAUCUUAUUGUAAAAUAAAAAAAUAAAAAAUUCGGGGUA